AUGAUGGGCGAACCGAUCGCUGGCUCUCCGUUCACCGCCAAAGCCUAUGACGCCAGAAUGGCUCGUCUCAGCCCUUGUGAUCAAGCGAUUGUUGGGAAACCGUGCACAUUCGCUAUAGAUGCCGCUCGAGCUGGCGCUGGUAAUAUGGAAAUAAUCGUUUCCGUGGACAACAGAAACGUUCCAAAUUUUGUCCAAGCCGAAGGCCAAGCAAAAUUCAAGGUGUCGUUCACUCCGCAGGAGGCUAAGGAGCAUGUGAUCAGCGUCCGAUUUAACGGUGUCAGCGUACCAGGUAAGAACAGCCGCUACUCCGUACUAGUCUGCUCUCAGCGGUGA